AUGGGAGCAGGAGCCAGCGCAGAAGAGAAACACUCAAGGGACCUAGAGAAGAAGCUGAGAGAAGAUGCUGAGAAAGAUGCAAGAACAGUCAAACUGUUACUGCUGGGUGCUGGAGAAUCUGGCAAGAGCACCAUUGUCAAGCAGAUGAAAAUUAUUCACCAAGAUGGCUACUCCCGUGAGGAGUGCCUUGAGUUCAUCAGCAUCAUCUACAGUAACACCUUGCAGUCCAUGAUGGCUAUUGUCAAGGCAAUGACCACACUGAACAUCGGAUUUGGAGACAGUGCCAGACAGGAUGAUUCUCGCAAACUGAUGCAUCUAGCUGACACUAUCGAAGAAGGGUCUUUGCCAAAGGAGAUGCACGAAAUUAUCAGCCGUCUCUGGAAGGACUCUGGCAUCCAGGCCUGCUACGAUCGAGCCUCGGAGUACCAACUGAACGAUUCUGCUGGCUACUAUCUCAAUGACUUGGAUCGAAUUGUACAGCCAGGCUAUCUCCCCACUGAGCAGGAUGUCCUGCGUUCAAGAGUGAAAACCACUGGCAUCAUUGAGACUCAGUUCGGACUUAAAGAUCUCAACUUUAGAAUGUUUGAUGUGGGCGGUCAGCGUUCCGAACGCAAGAAAUGGAUCCACUGCUUCGAAGGUGUCACCUGUAUCAUCUUCAUUGCGGCGCUUAGCGCCUAUGACAUGGUGCUGGUGGAGGACGAUGAAGUGAACCGUAUGCACGAGAGUCUGCAUCUCUUCAACAGUAUCUGUAAUCAUCGUUACUUCAUCGCAACCUCCAUCGUCCUCUUCCUCAACAAGAAGGAUGUGUUCCAGGAAAAGAUCAAGAAGACCCAUUUGAGCAUCUGUUUCCCAGACUAUGAUGGAAACAACUCGAUGGAAGAUGCUGGAGGGUACAUUAAAGCCCAAUUCCUGGAAUUAAACAUGAGGAGAGACGUGAAGGAGAUUUACUCGCACAUGACCUGUGCUACAGACACAGAGAACGUCAAGUUUGUGUUCGAUGCAGUGACAGACAUCAUCAUCAAGGAAAACUUGAAAGACUGCGGUCUCUUCUAAACCUAUUCCAGCUCUCCGAGGAGCUCUAUGUCACAGUAAUAAAACUACCCAUGAAUUUCAUCCCACAAUGAAUGAAACCAGAGAGAUCCUGAUUCUGAGCCUGCUGAAGACAUUUCCAAUCUGUUUGCUGAAAUUGGCUGUGAUUAAGAUGUGGACAUAAGUGGUUCCAUUAAAAAGACAAUUUGACUUUCCUGUAAUGCUUAGAUCAACCCUGCUGAUUAUCCUCCUGAAGGCAAAGUUGUACUUUUAACCAAAAUUGCUUUCCUACAAUAUAGCCCAACUACUAAACAUCCAUGAUGAUAGAAUUGGAGAAUUGUCUGGGUCUCCUGUCAACUUCGCAAUUGUUUGUAUUGGGUAUAAAUUUACACCGUAGCACUAUUUUCCUGUGUAUUAACACUAGCAAACUAGGGAUUUGUAGUGGGAGCUCUUCUACAAAAUAAACAACUCAAUUUAGUUGAUGUUUAUAGAGAG